AACUUGGUUUUCUGUUGCAUCGUUUUUUAUUUUUGAAUUUUUUGAUCUGGUGCUGAAUAGUAUCAACCUGUAAUAACACGCCUCCUUUCAUUUUCUUCAUGUAUGAAUUAACAUAAAAAUCAAUCAAAAUCGAUUUCAGAAAAUCUAAUCGAUAGAAAUGGGGGAUAAUUUGGAAAAAGGGCAGGAUUACGAGCAGAAAGCAGAGAAGAAGCUCGGUGGUUGGGGAUUGUUUGGUUCCAAAUUCGACGAUGCUGCAGACCUAUUUGAAAGAGCCGCUAAUUGCUACAAGCUCGCAAAAUCUUGGGACAAAGCAGGAGCCACUUACGUCAAGUUGGCAAAUUGCCAUAUCAAGUUGGAUAGCAAACAUGAAGCUGCCGGUGCCUAUGUUGAUGCAGCCCAUAGUUACAAAAAAGUUAAUAUAAGUGAGGCUGUAUCUUGCUUAGACCAAGCUGUAAAUCUUUUCUGUGAAAUUGGAAGAAUCACUAUGGCAGCUAAAUAUUUGAAGGAAAUUGCGGAGUUGUAUGAAUCUGAACAGAACAUUGAGCAGGCUAUUACUUACUAUGAAAAGUCUGCUGACUUUUAUGAAAAUGAAGAAGGGACAACUUCUGCAAACCAGUGCAAGGCAAAAGUUGCUCAAUUUGCUUCUCAACUAGAACAAUACCAGAAAGCAAUUGAGAUUUACGAAGACAUAGCACGCCAAUCUCUCAACAAUAAUUUGCUGAAAUAUGGAGCUAGAGGGCAUCUUCUUAAUGCCGGCAUUUGCCAACUUUGCAAGGGAGACGUUGUUGCUAUCACCAAUGCGUUGGAGCGAUAUCAGGAGAUGGAUCCAACAUUUGGAGGCACACGUGAAUAUAGACUAUUGGCGAAUAUUGCUUCCGCGAUGGAUGAAGAAGAUGUCACAAAAUUUACCGAAGUUAUCAAGGAAUUUGAUAGCAUGAGCCCUCUGGAUCCGUUGAAGACAACGCUUCUUUUGAGGGUGAAGGAAAAGCUGAAAGCCAAAGAACUUGAGGAGGAUGAUCUCACUUAAAUUGCACACCUUAGUCUUUUGUGGGUUGGACUUCAUGUUUGAUGAUUUGCCUUGUAUUUAUGCUUGUCGUUCAAGUUUGUUCAUCUUACAAAUCUAACUUAUAUAUAAAGUGUACUUGUUUCCUGGUUUCAAAGUGGACUUGAAUUCAAGAACUAAGUUUAUUUUUGAGAUUGCGUGAACCUAUUAUUAUCCAUAGGGAGAUGUUUUAAUAUUUACAUACCGUUUAAUUUUGAGGCAUUUACAAUGUAAAUUACAUUGUUAUUUAAUCUGACUCAUUAUUAG